UUUUGUAAUUUACCAAAUUUAUAAUUUUUCAUGGCUAUAUAAACCCCACCACAUCAUCUCAAAUUUCUUCAAUCUUAAGCAAACAGAAAAAAAAAUAUUCUCUCCCCUAAAAAAAAAUCAGCCAUGCCUUCAGUUACAGCCACCCUUCUCACCAUCUUCACCACCGUAGCCCUAAUCGGCGCCACCCAGUCAACACACCAAAACGACGGCGUUCCAACGCACGGCCGGCGUACCGACGAACAAGUGAAGGGACUGUACGAAAGCUGGCUGGCAAAGCACGGCAAAGCAUACAACGGAAUUGGAGAGAAGGACAGAAGGUUCGACAUAUUUAAGGAUAAUCUCAAGUUCGUCGACGACCACAACUCCGGCAAUCGAACGUACGAGGUGGGUCUGAACAAGUUCGCAGAUCUGACCAACGAAGAGUACAGGUCCACGUACCUGGGUACGAGGAGUGACCCCACGCGCCGGUUCGUCAAGUCCAAGAACCCUAGCCGCCGGUAUGCUCUGCGCUCCGGCGAGAUGUUGCCGGAAUCCGUCGAUUGGAGGGAGAGAGGCGCCGUCUCUCCGAUCAAGAACCAGGGCACUUGUGGAAGUUGUUGGGCUUUCUCAACUGUGGCUGCUGUGGAAGGUAUAAACAAGAUUACUACAGGGGAGCUUUUAACUCUGUCCGAACAAGAAUUAGUCGACUGCGAUAAAUCCGAAAACGCGGGCUGCAGCGGAGGCCUAAUGGACUACGCUUUCCAAUUCAUCAUCUCCAACGGUGGAAUGGACACCGAAGACGAUUAUCCUUACAGGGGUAUUGACGGAAAAUGCGAUUUCGCUCGGAAAAAUGCAAAGGUUGUAAGCAUCGAUGGGUAUGAAGAUGUGCCUCAAGAUGAGAAAGCCUUGCAGAAGGCCGUUGCUCAUCAGCCCGUUAGCGUCGCUAUCGAAGCCUCCGGGCGGGCCCUCCAACUCUACUCCUCGGGUGUAUUCACCGGCGAAUGCGGCAAACAGCUCGACCACGGUGUGGUGGCCGUUGGCUACGGUACGGAAAACGGGGUCGAUUAUUGGAUCGUGAGGAAUUCGUGGGGCCCGGAUUGGGGUGAAAACGGCUACUUUAGAUUGGAACGUAACGUUGCCGGUGAUCCAUCGGGCAAAUGUGGGAUUGUUGUGGAAGCUUCUUAUCCUACAAAGAGUGGUCAAAAUCCAGUUAAAAAGUCAAACUUUGGUUAUUAUGGUUAUGCUGCUGAAUGAGAUAUGGAGAAGCUUCUCAAUUUGUACUUC